AUGUUAUUGAGUCGAGACCGAGAAUGCGCAGUUCAAGCCGACCGAGCAAAUGCACAGACAACCUUUUUCACCGGUGGCCUUCCACCAGCGACAACGCAAGCGUUGUUCCAAGAUCAAAUUCCAGUUCCUUCGAUGCAGCCCCCUGACAUAUCACUUCCAGCACGAUCUGGCUCGGUGUCAAUAGUCUCGGGCUUUCAAUUUUCGUUCUCCGAGGCGAAUCAGGUCCUCCAAGAAUACAUGAUAGCCAUGGUCCCUCAGUUCCCGUUCGUCCCUCUACCUUCUCACGACGCCUACGAGAUGUUCAAGGACAAGCCGUUCCUGCUGAAGACCAUUUUGUGGGUUUGUCGGCCUCCGGGGCCGGACGCUUCCGCUGCAUUUGAGAGCUGGUUCCGGCAAAAUGUCGCGCAUCAGACUGUCGUCCUGAUGAACAAGAGCUUGGAUGUUGUCCAAGCUAUUCUAGUGUUUCUCGCCUGGAAGGAUAUCUAUUUCUAUGCGGCCGCCAAGGAUACAAGCCUUCUGCAAUUGGCCGUGGGUUUGGUGGAGGAUCUUGGGCUGAACAAGCCCCAAAGUCUUACUGCGAAUUCCACCCUAGGGUCGAUUGUUGAGGAGGCGGCUCAGCUGAGAAACGAUCUUCCGCCCCAACCUAGGCAAACCGGCGACAGUCAUCGGGCGGCCCUCGGGGUGUAUUAUAUGUCAUCCACCCUGUUCAGCCUUCUCGGCAAGCGGAGUAGACUCGAAUAUGCUCCUCACUUCGACAAUUUCUGCACUCAGAUCAUGCGGGAGCAAGAAUAUCCUACGGACUCAUUAUUGGUGAACCUUGUGCGCAUGCAGCGGAUUGCGGUUAAGGUGCAUGAUACUUUUAGGGACAUGAUCGAGGUCACCAAUGACAGGCCUUUUCAGGAUGUCGACUCUAUUGCCGUCGCUUCUAUUCGAAAUGAGUUGGAUGUAUUAAUGCAGCAGUUACCAGACUCUCUCAAGUGGAAUCAUCUCUUGCAAAUGCUUAGUGCUGCUGUACGCAUCCGUUUGUACGAGUCCUGUAAGUCUGGCGACAAGGACGGAAAGCUUGGACCUACACACCUGAGACGUCGUAUGAUGUGGGACUGCUUGGAGAGCGCGAAAGUGCUCUGCGACGGGUUCUGUUUGGUCCCAGUCGAAUCGUUUCCCUUCCUGACGUGCGUGCCCAUCCUUCAACUCGCGUUAGCCAUCAUCAAGGCCUUGAGACUGCUCUGCGUGGAAGAUUAUGCCUGGGACGUGGAGACCGCGCGAACGACCUAUGACCUCCCGGGUGCUCUGCAACAGCUGAACAAACUCUUUGAGACAGCCAGUGGCCUCAGGAGUCCUCGAUGUAGCACUCUCCUCCACGGCCGGCCCAUUUUCUCUCAGUAUUCCGAAGCAUAUCGAGAUAUCGAGCGCUGGUAUCUGUCCAAGCUAAAUCCGAGCGUCGCUCAUUCAGAUUCGGUAUUGGAGCAGCCAGCAACCGUGCUUCAUGCGGCACAGUAUGAAGGUCUAGAGUUUUGGACUCAGUUGGAGGAUUUGACGUACGGGCUAACGCCCUAA